CACCAAUCAAACAGUUCUCUUUGGAACAACAAUCCCAACCUUUAUAGAAGUACACCAAUUAACCCAAAAAUGAUGAUGCCAAAGCAAUCACUCAUAUCUUCCAUUUCAUUAACAAUUUUACUUACCCUCCUAUGCUGUUGUUCCAUUCUUCCCACCACUACCAUAGCAGCACUAUCCCCAGUUUCUGCACCAGCUCAACCACCACCAUCCUCCGCUACCCCACCAGCCACAGCCCCUGCAACACCAUUAGUCCCUACACUCCCCCAACCACCAAGUGACACUUCCUCCUCCGCCACUGACAUUGUAGGAAUCCUAAGAAAAGCAAACAAUUUCAACAUCUUCAUCCGCCUCAUGAAAGCCACCCAGUUGAACAACCAACUCAACUCCCAGCUCUUAACCAUCAAGUCAGGCGGCUUAACCAUCCUCGCCCCGGAAGACAGCGCCUUCUCCGAACUCAAACCGGGCUUCCUCAACACCCUCUCCAAUGGCCAGAAGCUUGAGCUCCUUCAGUUCCAUGUUCUUCCAGACAUUGUCUCCAGCUCAAAUUUUGACACCCUCACCAACCCUGUGAGAACAUUGGCAGGAAACAAACCCGGGAAGGUGGAGCUGAACGUGAUUAGCUAUGGUGGCAGUGUGAACAUUUCCACGGGACAGGUUAACACCACAAUCAAUGGCAUUAUAUAUACUGAUAAGCAUCUUGCUAUUUAUAAUGUUGGUAAGGUGCUUCUUCCUUCGGAAUUCUUCCCUAAGAAGACGAUUGCGGCUGUACCAGCUUUGGCGCCGGCCCCGGAAGACGCUGCAAAGGCGCCUAAGGCUGAUAAGGAGAAGCCGUCGUCGUCCGAAGAUUCUGAGCAAUCAUCUCAGGUUGUUCCUGCUGAGACCUCUGGCAGUGUGAGAAUCACAAUGUGUGGAACGUUGGUGUACCUUGUUCUUGGUGUUGUGUUUGUGGCAGUUCACAGCAUGAACUAUUAAAGGGUCUAAAAUCUAAAUACACCAAUGAAGUACUAGUAGCUACUAUGAUGAUAUAUUUAUUUGAGUGAGAGUGUUAUGAUUGGGUAUGGAAAGUGAAAAAGGAGGGAGUGCUUGUCAUGUACCACACUCCAGAGAUCUUUGUAUCUAUCUAUGAAUUUAUGUAAAAUGUGCUCCACAAAAGCACAAAAACUACCAUGUGGAGUUUCACUUUAAAAUCAAUUCUGAAAUUAAAACAUAA